CAAUCGCCCUCUUGGGUUCCAAUGGCCGACAUGGUAGUAAAACGAAGACGGUUAGGAGUUGGUGUAUUGGAUGAUUGUAUAUAUGCAGUUGGCGGAAGAGAUCCCGACAAUUCAUUAAAUAGCGUUGAGGUUUUUGAUGUCAGUAUUCAAAAAUGGAGGUUGUUAGCUAGUAUGUCUACUGAAAGAUGGGAUUUGGGUAUUGGUGUACUCAAUAAUCGUUUAUAUGCGGUUGGGGGUACUACAGGCAAUGUUAAAACAUUGAAAUCUGUUGAAUAUUAUGAUCCCACUCUUGACUCAUGCACACCAGUUGCAGAGAUGUCUACAAACCGUCAAUGUGUUGGUGUAGGAGUCUUGAACGGUCUUAUGUAUGCUAUUGGUGGCUUUGAUGAAUAUGGGGUGCUUAAAAGUGUUGAGGUUUAUAGACCGAGUGAUGGAGUUUGGUCUUCUGUAGCUGAUAUGGAAAUAUGCCGAUCUUGCCCCGGAGUAGUGGCAUUAUAUGGUAUAUUGUAUGUUAUGGGCGGGAGAUCUGAUGAUUUCAUCUAUAGUGAUACUGUAGAAAUUUACAACCCCAAAACCAAUACUUGGACAAUGGAGAGAUUUUCGAGAAGUGGUUUGUACAUUUAUGGUGGAGUAGUUGUUGAUAGACCACCAAAUUUUAUUAAUUAAUUGGCAUAUAAUAUACCUAAUGGUCUUAUUGUUGAUGGUAAUAUGAUUAUAUGCACAUAUUUAUGUAUAAUUUAUGACGAAACUUGAAUUGCUUAUUUUUCUUUUUUGUUAAUAUUUGAUACAAAUGUUUUUUUUUUAAUUUAAAAUGAUUAUUUACAAAUAAAUAAGCUAUAACGUUUAUUAUAUUGUACUAUAUCAGAAAAAUGUUAUAUAAUUUAUAAUAUACUACACAAAAAUGCAGAUGUAAAUAUAAAUUUUUGUUCAAUAAAAAAA